UCCCACCACCUCUCUUUCUCUCCCCCUCCUUCCUUAUCCCCUCCCCUCUCUCCCCCUUCCCUCCUCCCCGCCGGCGGCCACGUGAGCGAAAUGAGAAGGGGGACGGAGAGGCGGCGCUAAAACGUGCCGUAGAUCGGGCCCGAAGCCUGUUUUCCCUUCUCCUAAGGGAAAAGAGAAAGGUCCGGCCAUGGGAGCGCCCCUGGCUCCCAGGGAGUCGGCCCAGUUUAUUGCCGCGAACAGCCAGGAUGUGACGAUCGAAGAAGCGGGGGUGCACAAGGUGGCCGAGAUGUUGCGGGCCCGGGGCUGUGGCGGAGCGUUGGGCUUGGAGGACUGGAAGGCCCUUCACGAGCUGAACCCUCGGGCUGCCGAUGAGGACGCCGUCAAUUGGGUGUUCCUCGUAGACACCCUCAACUUUUCCUUUUGGGCCGAAACAGAUGACCGCAAGUGCCUGGUGAAGUACAGAGGGAAAGACUACAGUGGCUACUGGUCCCUGUGUGCGGCCGUCAACAGAGCCCUGGAUGAAGGGAUACCCAUCACGAGUGCUUCGUAUUAUGCCUCGAUGACCCUUGAUCAGGUGCUCCAUGUAUUGCGCAGUGACACGGAUGUCCCCAUGCCUCUGAUUGAAGAGAGACACCGCAUUCUCAACGAGACCGGGAGAAUCCUGCUUGACCGCUUUGGAGGGUCUUUCCUCCACUGCGUGCGACAGAGCGGGCUGAGCGCGCUCAGGCUGAUGCAGCUGGUCGUCGAAAGUUUCCCUUCUUAUAGAGAUGAGGCUGUCUUCCAGGGAAAAAGAAUUUCGUUUUACAAACGGGCCCAGAUCCUUGUGGCGGAUACAUGGAGUGUGUUAGAAGGAAAGGGAGAUGGAGCCUUCACCGACAUCGCCAGAAUCACUAUGUUUGCCGAUUAUAGGUUACCUCAGGUCCUUGCUCAUCUGGGAGCGCUGAAGUACUCUGAGGAACUGCUGAAGAAACUUCACAAAGGAGAAAUGUUCUCCUCUGGGGAUCGACAAGAAGUGGAAAUCAGAGGAUGUUCCAUCUGGUGUGUCGAACUGAUCCGGGAUCGACUUCUGGAACUCACCAAAAAGGAUGAAAAAUUGGGCACAGAGAUCAAUUCAGUUCUUCUCGAUUAUUAUCUGUGGGAUUAUGCCCGGGAUCACAGGGAAGAUAUGAAGGGAAUGCCCUUCCAUCGCAUACGUUGCAUAUACUAUUGAUCGCAGGGAGCCAGUCAAAGCCAUUGGAUUUCAUUAAUAGGGUAAUUGGGAGAAAAAUCGAAUUAAGGAGGCCCGGCCGCACAUUUCUCCUCUCAUUCUCCUGUCUUGCACCUUAGUUAAUUUUGAUUCCUCUCUGCGGCUUCGCC